GGUCAGUACAGGCCCUAUCCAGCUAAACCUGCUCUUGGCAAAGAUGAGGAUGUCAAACAAGUGCUGGUUAGGCCAAAUUCCCCUGCUUGGUCUGCUAAGCCUUCCUCUGCAGCUGUAGUUGGGUCAACAACUGAUGUAAGCUACAAGCCAGUUACAGCUCCGUCUAAGGGCAGUAUGAGCUACAGGCCUGCUAAUGAACAGUUAAAACCCUCAACGAGCUUUGGUCAGUACAGGCCCUAUCCAGCUAAACCUGCUCUUGGCAAAGAUGAUGUCGAACAAGUACUGGUUAGGCCAAAUUCCCCUGCUUGGUCUGCUAAGCCUUCCUCUGCAGCUGUAGUUGGGUCAACAACUGAUGUAAGCUACAAGCCAGUUACAGCUCCGUCUAAGGGCAGUAUGUACAGGCCUGCUAAUGAACAGCUAAAACCCUCAACGAGCUUUGGUCAGUACAGGCCCUAUCCAGCUAAACCUGCUCUUGGCAAAGAUGAUGUCGAACAAGUACUGGUUAGGCCAAAUUCCCCUGCUUGGUCUGCUAAGCCUUCCUCUGCAGCUGAAGUUGGGUCAACAAGUGGCUUAAGCUACAAGCCAGUUACAGCUCCGUCUAAGGGCAGUAUGUACAGGCCUGCUAAUGAACAGCUAAAACCCUCAACGAGCUUUGGUCAGUACAGGCCCUAUCCAGCUAAACCUGCUCUUGGCAAAGAUGAGGAUGUCAAACAAGUGCUGGUUGGGCCAAAUUCCCCUGCUUGUUCUGCUGAGCCUUCCUCUGCAGCUGAAGUUGGGUCAACAAGUGGCGUAAGCUACAAGCCAGUUACAGCUCCGUCUAAGGGCAGUAUGUACAGGCCUGCUAAUGAACAGUUAAUGCCCUCAACGAGCUCUGGUCAGUACAGACCCGAUUCAGCUAAACCUGAGGUAACCAAACAAGUGCCGGUUAGGCCCCAAUCCUCUGCUUCAUCUGCUAAGAUGCCCUCCGGCAGCUUUGGGUCUCCUCAGGCCCAAUGGGCCCAGGCUGAAGUCUCCUCCUCGACUUACGGACAAGCAGGCCAAGCAACCUGGCAGAGCCAAGCGACAUCCACAAGUUCCAAUUCUCAAAAUUACGUCCCUCAAAGCCACAGAGGCAACGAGCUUGAAAAUCUUGCUUACUCCACUGGCGCUUGUCAGCAGGGAGAAGACUCCGUCCUAAUAACCGUCCCCAGUUAUCUAGGCAUUGGCAUCAUUGAGGUGCCGUGCCAAAGAAAUGAAGAGGGUAAGCUGAGGCCUGCCACCCAACCUCAGGCAUCUAAUCCAUCCUACCGUUCAUGGAGAUAUAGAGAAUGAAACUGGAUUAGUCUGGUGGGGACCUAUGGCAGAAGAUGUGCUGAAUAUGACCGCUAUGGUUUUGCUAAAUGUUCAUGAAGUGUCUCAAAUGCCUUUCUGACUAAUAAAGUUACUUAUGGUUUGUAAUUGA